AUGCAAGCAAAUGCCUACUACACAAAUUACGACGAGAGAGCUUGUCUCCCACAACAAUUGUUGAUGAAAAAACCACCUACUAAACGAGCAAAGGCUGCCAUGGUAAUUCUUGUUAGAAAUAAAGAACAAGAGGCUAUUGCAGAGACGAUUAUCAACUUUCAAGACAAAUUCAACAAGAAUUUUGACUACCCAUAUGUGUUUUUGAACGAAGAGCCUUUCACAGAAGAAUUCAAGGGAGCAAUGAAAAGAGCAGCACCCGAUGCGACAAUGAAGUUUGGUUUGGUGCCUGAGAGUCAAUGGAGUUAUCCUAGUUGGGUUGAUCAAGAAAAGGCAUCGCAAUCUAGAAAGAGUAUGGAUGAUAGUGGUGUCUUGUUUGGAGGGCUGGAAAGUUAUCAUCAUAUGUGUAGAUAUCAGUCUGGCUUCUUUUUUGAUCAUCCCUUAUUAGACGAAUACGAAUGGUACUGGCGUGUAGAGCCAGGCGUACGAUUCUUUUGCGAUAUCACUUACGAUCCUUUCCUCUACAUGGAGAAGUACAACAAGAAAUACGGAUUUGUUGUUACUUUACUCGAAUUGCGAGACACUAUCCCCACCUUGUGGAAGACGGUCGAGGCAUAUGCUAAAUCAAGACGUAUCGACAUUUCAGAAAACAGCAAGCUCUUGUUCCCUUAUUUCAGAGACAAAAACUCGGGCGACUUCAACCUGUGCCACUUUUGGUCCAAUUUCGAAAUUGCUUCAUUGAAUUUAUGGAGAACUCCACAAUAUCGCGAUUUCUUCAACUAUUUGGAUCAAACAGGCAACUUUUUUUACGAGAGAUGGGGAGAUGCUCCAGUUCACUCUUUAGCGGCAGGUUUGUUCUUGCAGACAGAUGAAGUGCAUUAUUUUGAGGAUAUUGGAUAUCAGCAUGAUCUCUACAGACAUUGUCCCUCAAAGGAGAGCGGAUUGGGCUGUAGAUGUGAUUGUCCAGUGGGAACCAACGACAAGAGCAUUGACCAUGACAAAAAUUAUGACACUUGCCUUCCUGUCUGGCUGAAGCACGUCAAAGAGGAUGAAAAAAAGAGAACAAAUUGGAAUGUUUGGUCAUAG